CGUCUGCCGACAAUCACGCCCACCCCUUUCGGCCGGCAAAUUCUUAUGCGCGUGCGCGACUUUCAGACGUUGUAUUUCUCAAGUGGUUAGAUGAAAGUGUGAAAGUAUUGUGCGAAAUGGGCUGUCGCCAAUCCAAGAUCAUGGACGAAACCGUGAGUAUUUCAGCCGGUUCUGUGCAGACGGUGCUGCGACCACGUUACCAGCGACGAAAACAUCAGAUCAGGCGGGCGAAACAGGCAUCUUCUUGUAGUGGGAGUAGACGUGUUGACACUCGCGUUUCGGCGAAGUAUGCCGUUAAGGCAGUAAUAGCCAAAGGACGGUUCAGCCGAGUGCUGCGAGUCGAGAACAGGCUAUCAAAGCAGCCGUAUGCAAUUAAAGUAAUCGAAACAAGAGACGGCUCGCACGUUGAGACCGAACUGGCUGUAUUGAGACGCGUUCGGCACCCAAAUGUGGUGCGGCUCGACGAAGUGUUCUGCGUUGGGUGUCGUGUAUACAUGGUUAUGGAGCUGGCAACCGGCGGCAACCUGCUGGAUAAAGUGGAAAUGUGUGCCCCGUUCGUCGAAGCCGAUGCGGCUCGCGUUGUUGGUAUGAUCGCCUGCGGCCUGGCGCACCUUCAUGACUUGGGCAUCGCGCACCGGAAUCUGCAGCCCGAGAACGUGCUCUACGCACAUCCAGGAGCAGGGGCCAAAGUGAUGAUAGCCGACUUCGGAGAGGCCUGUGCGCCCCGCUCGGGACGAGAGGCGCACAUGCACACCGUGUGCGGAGGGGCGCUUCACUACACGGCUCCUGAGCUGGUCGCACGUCGGCCUUACACCCGCGCCGUGGACCUGUGGGCGUUGGGGGUGAUCGCUUGCGUCCUGCUUACUGGCGUGCUACCCUUCGAUGCGGACAACGACGCCGACCUGGUGCGGCUCAUCCUGAGGGCACAACUUCCUGCGGCGGAGCGGGGCUGGGAACUCGUGUCCGAGGAGGCCAGAUGCGUAGCUCGCCGGCUGCUGCAGCGUAAUCCAGCGCAAAGACUGACUGCAGCCGAGCUGCUGCGUCAUCCCUGGGUGGCAGCGACGAUGACGGGUGCAGCGCACAGGCCGGCACAGCUCCGGUUUCAGCGUAGAGGAGGUGAAGAGUGAGGUGACGUGCAAGUACAAACCAUGGGCCGCACUUCCUGCGUUUGUCGGCCUCCUUUUUUCUUCCCUUUUUUGACAAGUUGCCAGCUGUACGCGCGGAAGCAGCGCCUCGAUGAACAUCUUUCCUUGUACGAGUGGUCUUUGGACAACGAGCAGCACCGCACAUUUGACGAACUCUCGCACGGACAUGACUGCAGGGGGAUACACGAUUGUUUUUAUUUAUACAUUUGUUAUAUUUAUACGGAACCAUUUGACGACGGUGUGGGGAGUUUGCGCCAGAUGUAUAUGUAUACGUAUGUGAAAGCUUGCAGUCGCGCGUACUCCAUCUGAAGUGCUUCUGGGAUACGGCUUAUAACUUAAUAUAAAUAUUUUUGUACUCUAUUUACACCAUUUGUGCAUCGCCAGCACAGCUAUAGAAGAAAAGCACGGAUAUAUUUUCUACGGCAAGACGUUUACCUUAUUGGACUCGCAGCUAUGUUGCUUGUUUAUAGUUGGUAUAACAAAAACAUUAGUUUGAUUUAGAAAUAGACAACGACGAAUGUUGGCCGAACUAAUAUCGCGCAGAUUUUUUUUUUGUUACGGUAUGAUAUUUAAUUUAUUAGCCAGCUGUGUCGCCUUUGCAUCUCUGCAAGAACUGCGAAAUAUUGACGUGGAAGUUGGCUAGAGUUGCGAUGCUGCUCUGCGCCUUCUGCGCUAUCUUAAUUCUCUAAGUCGUGUUUCACCACAUUGCCCGCACUACAAAUCUAUACCAAGCACCUGACAAACAGCACGCUGUGCUAUACAUGUAUGUGCUUCGCCAAAUAAAAGCUAUUUAUGCGGAAUGACCUUCA